AUGGCAGGGACACCAGUAGACACUUUUGCCCUGCGAGACCGCCGGCAGAGCGCGCUUGCCGAGAUCCAAUUCGCCUCCAUCAUUGAGGAUGAUCUUACGCCCUCCGAAGACGAGACGCCUGAAGAUGAAUCGCUACAACUGGAGACGGCGCAGUCAGCGAUUGGAGUCAGCAUCGGCCAUCAGCAGACACGUUUAGUUUCACCGAGGACGCCAGCUGCGGAGAAGGCGGCUGCAUUGGAAGCAGGCGAUGGCGGAGAGCUCUUUGAUGGCUGGGAGCUCACGUCGACCACCACCAUUGACCAGCGGCUGACUCCGCCCAUGGCUGGUGGUGGUGAUGAUAGCGACGAUGGUGGUGCUUCCAAUAGAGCAGAUGCGACACCACCCGUGCAGACAAGGGAAAACGGGCAGGCGCAACACGACGGUUCCCCAGCGCGCCUUCCUUCACCGUGGCGCACGGGGCCGAAGACGUUUGUUUCGAAAACGAGCAAUCACCGGGCUUCGCUGCGACAACAACUCACCACCGGCUCGCGUCGACGGUCAUCCUCGGGCGGUUCGACAAUGGCAGAGACGAUGCGCAAAUACAUGCCCUUCAACCUACCAUCUAUGCCCAAGGCCUCGAAGCACCUCACGUUCACCCUACCUAGCUUCUCGACAUCGACCGUAGACAGCGCCGGAAAGCCGGCUAGGAGGCGGAUGACGGCUGGGAACGACUCCUCAUGGGCCAGCCUGCCCCAACAAGAUGGUACCUACCAAUCCACGCUGCAACGUCGCAGGAGCCCAUCACCCACGUUGCAACGCGAUGUUGCCAACGACAGCGGCUCUACACUGCCCCGCGAUGACCCACCUUCACACCUUUACAGCGAACGACUGUCAGACCUCCACGACCGACCAACACCUAGACUCCGUCGAUCCAACUCGGAAGGCUCGUUCCUCCUCCACCGCAGCAAGUCCCUCGCUUCCUCCCUCGGUGACGAUACACGAUUUGAGAGCGUGCAGGGUCAGGUGAACAGCAGGCUCAAGGCCAUCAGAGACAGCCUGCAAGACUCCAAUUUCAAGUUUCCAAGCCCUUCGUUACCCACUUUCAACUUUGCGUCUAGAGAAGAUAUGUUCAAACCGCGCAACGGCAGUGUGUUGGUGAAGUCUCGAAACUUGGACGACGGCGCUACACAGGGGGUCAGCUACAGGCCAAAUGUCAUGGCAGGCACGCGGAGCGCGACGACGGGACCUCCAAAAGUGAAGCGAUCCUCCAAGGAUGUGCCUGUGGACCAGGAAACGCACCCCUUCUUCACACAGGCUCUGCAAGAACUGGAAGGCGAUCUGGUCGUCUUAGGAGGCUAUCGAGGUUCUAUUCUGCGUUCUGCAGAGCCUCCGAACCGCCAGCUCUGGGUGCCUAUCAAGGUUGGCUUGAACCUGCGCAAAGUAGACUUGGAGGUCCCGCUGGACGCGGACGCUGAUGAAAGAAUGGAAGAAACUAUCUACCCAGACGGCAUGUUGACACACAUCGGACCUGUGGAUAUCUCUAAGCGCCUUUUGAAGCGCUUGCGAGCAUCUGAAAACGUUAAAAACGGCAAGCUGAGAGUGCACAACUAUGGCUACGACUGGCGACUUUCACCGCAUUUCCUCAGUCGUCGAAUGAUUGCGUUUCUCGAAUCGCUUCCAUGCAACCAACCAGGGGUACCCCGUGAGAAGCGCGGUGCUGUCAUCAUCGCGCACUCGCUGGGCGGCCUAAUUACGCGACAUGCAAUCAAUCAACGACCCGACCUUGUAGCUGGCGUUGUAUACGCUGGGGUCCCUCAAAACUGUGUCAACAUUCUCGGCCCUUUUCGGAACGGCGACGACGUCCUAUUCUCUUCUCGCAUCCUCACUGCACAGGUCAAUUUCACCAUCCGAACCUCCUACGCCUUGUUGCCCCUAGAUGGGAAGUGCUUCAUCAACAAGCACACCAAGGAAGAAUAUCGAGUCGACUUCUUCGACAUCGAAACAUGGAAAGAAAGACGCCUAUCGCCCUGCAUCGCAGCACCGCUUCCCUCGCCUCUUCAGCCCAGCAGCAGUAGCCUCAGCGUGAGUGGCCUGCUCAACGCAAUGUCACAAGCCUUGCCCACCUUCCCCAACCGCAAAAACAGCAUAUCGAGAAGGUCUCAGCAGCCUGCUUCUGGUGCCAACGCCGGAUCCUCCACCAGCGAGGUAGCCAAGGAUGUCGCAGACGUAGCCCGCAACGCCGCAGACAAGGCCGCAGAGGGCGGUGCACAGACGGCUGGAAUGGGGCCCCAGAUGUCCCAAGGCCAGCACGCACAGACAUCGAACGAACCCAACCCCGCCACAGCAGUCACGAUACCAUAUGACAAAGCUGUCGAGUACCUCACGCGCGUGCUUGCAGAAACAAAACGCUUCAAACAAGAACUUGCGCACCACUCCCCUCACUCGGUUUCAAACUCGUAUCCGCCCAUCGCCCUCAUAUACGGCAGGUCGACACCGACAGUCUACGGCGCAAAGGUCGAGUCCCGCGAAGCCAUCGCCCGCGCCGAUGUGUACGAUGAGCUGGCGUUUGCGAGUGGAGACGGCGUUGUGCUUGCGCGGGCGGCCAUGGUGCCAGAGGGAUACUCCGCGGUGAGGGGCGGUGUUGUGUCGAGCGAGCGCGGCCAUGUCACGUUGCUGGGCGACUUGGAGGCCGUGGGGAGGUGUCUGUAUGCUGUUCUACAGGCGAGGCGUGGGGGUGUGGGGAUGGGGCUGGGGGAGCGCGAGAAUAAGAGCAAGGGCCUGGGCAUUGCAGGGCCAGUUGGGCUGGAGUGA